GGUUCAUUGGAGCAGCUUUCUUAUUUGGGUUCAUAAUGACAGUCAAUUAAUGACUCAGUUAAUUAUUAUCUCCAUUAGUUGAUUGUGUUCCUUGAAUUUGUUUAAUUGUGAUUAUUGGGUUACGUUACUCGCUGGUCAAGAGAUAAAGGUAACUGUGGUAGUUUAUACGAGGAAGACAUUAACAUCAUUCUGAACUACCUUGCUGAUUUUCUAUCGAUUCAAUUAUACUUUCUUUUUUACUUACCUGAACUUCACUUGGCUUUCUGUUUUGUAUUUUCCUCUUAGGCUUAUUCCGUAAGCUUUAUAUUGGUGUGAAUCCUGUUUACUUUUUUGUUUACUACCAUCGGUUUUUCAUAUCAUUUCAUUAUUCUGCAAUCUCAACAUAUCUUUUUAUUUUAUUACUUCUAAUUUGGGUUAAAACAAUCUAAGAAAAUGCCACCUGAACCUGAUCAAAGUAGUAGCUCUGCUGGAGAUCCUCCACCACCACCAUCAUCAUCAUCAUCAUCACAACAACAACCUACAGGUCGCCGAUUAGGAUUUGAUGAGAUUAUACAAUAUCUAACCACUAACCCUCUUUACUGUUUAACAUUUUUCACUCGACUAGCGACCCUUUUCUUCACCCUUCUACAUAUUGUUCCUUUCUUAACUAACAACAGUUCCCUCAGUUAUUAUCAAAAGGCUUUACUCGCCAAUGGGGCUACCUCUGCUAUUAGAUUACACCAAAGGUUACCCGCAUUUCGAUUAAAUCGUGAAUUCAUGGAUCUUCUAUUAGCUGAAGAUUCAUGCCAUUAUCUCUUCUUUUCCCUGAUAUUUUUGUCUCAUAAUCCGAUUACCUUGGUCCUUCUACCCUUAACAUUGUUUGCUUCUCUUCAUCUGACCCGAUCUGUUUUAACCAUCAUCGAAACACUCGAGGGGAGUCGCAAUCUUCAAAAUAAUCUCUCCUUAUUUCUCGCUCGUUACACUCCUGUAAUGCUACAAACUGUAGCUCUUUCUGAAAUAUUUAUUAUGCCAGUCAUCAUAUUGGCAUUAAUCACCGGUAUGGGAUCAUUAAUGGCUCCUUUUCUCUAUUAUCGAUUCAUUGUACUUCGAUAUGCUUCAAGACGUAAUCCAUAUUCGGCUCAAACCUUCCGCCAACUCAGGGUAACGAUUGAAACAUUCGCCAUGCGACCUCAGUGCCCAAAUUUCCUACGAAACGUAUCUUUCAAGUUGAUUAAUCUAACAUGUCGUCUUGCCCCACCAAGGAUAACAGUCUCAGCACCUCAUUAAUCAAUGACAACAAUCUUGUAAUUACUGAGGUCACUCUUUUCUCUGUUAUGAUAUGUUACCAGAAAAUCGAACAACAAAAAACAAUCUUACACCACAGAUACACGUUUUCUAUCGUCGAAAUUACAUUGUACUAUGUAUAAUUGAACGAAUUAAUUUUGUUUCACUUUACAGUUGAUUCUUUUCCUUCCCUUUAUAUCCCUAAUUCUAAUUCUAAUGAUCACAAUUCCAAUUCUAUCUAAAUCAUUAACAUAGUCUUUCUCUCUUUCUCUUGUCUAUAAUCUCUCGAGAGAUUGUCAUUCUUUUUCUCUAUUGAUGUUGUCAUAGAAAACAGGUCGAUAUCAAUCUCGAGUCCAAUAUGAGUUCGUCCUAUUUCUUUAAUAUUAAUUGACAAUUGUAUUCGACUCAAGGUCAAAAUUUAUACACAAAAUUGAAAUAUAAACACAUCGCAUGAAAAUACAAAGAAUCUUUUUACCUUUUUAA